AUGGCCACGCCGAUGCGGCACGCGCCGUCGCAACAGGGCCGAACCCCGUCGCAGAUGGCCGGAGCAGCACCCACGCCGCCAGUCUCGACACCUUUCUCCAACUCCCAGACACACGCCGCCUUCUCUCCUCCCCAAGGGUCGCGAACCUCGCCCCAAGCGCUUAAGAAGUCGCCGGCUACCUCGCAGACGCUUAAGGGCCUGUCCGAUGGCACCGCCGCCGUGAACUUUGACAGCCCCUCGGCCACGGCCGCCCUCGGUGCCUUGGGGAUUAAUGAUCUCGGCUUGGAUAAUAUCAGCAUGGGCGCCAUGGGAAUGGGCCGGUCAGACGAGGAUGACCGCAAGAGACGGAUGGAUGCGGUUGGGACCACGGUCAAGGCUGCCGGCCAGGGCCGUGUCAGCAAUGAGGGCCUGGAGAGGCUCGCCCGCUCCAUAGGUCUGGAGUGCCUCUGGGAAGACAACCUCACGGCUGGACCCAAGUCUAAGAACCUCUUCAUAGCCGGAGCCGGUCUCGCCCUGGAGAUCUCCAUCACGAAUCACGUUGUCGACAAUGUGGCGCUGACGCUACCUGAAUCCACGCCCAGUGUCCAGGAGCACGUGGGCAAGGCUGCCGAUAUACUUCUACGGGAUCUGAAGCUCGCACCUGGUCAAUGGGCACUCACAAAGACUCUCGAGAGGUUCCAACCUAACCUGGAGCGCAUAGCCAGCUUGGACCAGCUUAGUGUACUGCCCACGCUCAACUGCUACGAUGCUAUCGACGGUGUCUACCAGAGCUUGACCAAGAUCCACAAGUGGGACGUGGCACAGAUGCGCAAGGAUUCCGCUCUGAAGGAGAAGUCCGAGGACAGCCUUCGAGUUCUUGCUCUCUGCACUCGCCAUGGUUGUCCUCUUAUGCACGCGAGGGACAGGAUUGGACUGAGCCUGGAUUAUUGGAAGGAGAGAAGACGAGUGCCAUCUACUACAGUAGAUAGCGACGUUGGCACGACCUGGUCUAUCCUGAUCGAAUGCGCCCCGAAGAACGGCAUGGCCAUUAUGCCGGUCAGGGUGUCCCAAAAUUGGGUUCCAGACGCCGUUGAAAAGGCAGAGAACCUGCCGGACGACAUGAUGUUAUCCGUGACAGGCCCCAUCCUGGACUGGCAGGAGCUUGAUAACAUCUUAUUGCCAGCGGCGGCAGCCAACAAGGGAGAAGAAGGCAGCAUGGAAUCAGACCCCUCGGCGAUGUCGAACCAACCAAAGCUUCCUGAUGUCAUGUUUGUGGCGGCCUUUGACCCGCCACUGAUCGUCUCGUCCAGUGCCGCCAUACACAUCCACAAUGCCACUUCAAUGCAAGCCCCGAACCUGAACACCAGCGUCACCUUCGAUGCCUUGGUGUUCCCAGUCGACCCGAAGACAAACUAUGACCCGAGCGAGAACCGGAUCAUCACACAUUCUCAAGCGGUGCCUGCUUUCGCCCGGAAGGGGAAGGACCAUUAUGAGACCCAUAAGAACGUGCUCAAUAUCGACAGGGCUGUGUACGGGCAGGUCUUGACUAAGGUCCCCAUUGAGCACCCUCGGCAGUUGAUGGAUAUGCUCCCGACCCUGCGUCAAUACGCAUUUCUGUCAACCUUGCUCUCGAAGAGCUUCAAGCCUGUCCACUACCGUCCCAAGGCUACCGAGGAGAAGUCGGCAUCGACUUUCGCAGCGGCUGCUCAGGAUGACUUCGCAGCUUUUAUGAAGAGGACCGGGAGGAAGGAGGCUACCGCUGUAGAAACAAAUGGAGAUGCCUCGAAGACGGCGCUCGCCGUGGACAUUGCCCUGACCAUGAACCCGGUCCCCCGUUUCAAGAUUGUGUUCCCGUUCCUGAACAGGACCGCCAAUAUCACUCUCGAGAUCCACCCCGGCGGCAAGGUCCACAUCAUCUCGGACAACGUGUUCGACACCGACGGAGACGGCGACCAGGAGAUGGCCGACUCGUCCGCCGCCAAGGGCAAGGGCAAGCGGUACAGCCGCGAGCAGUGGGCGGAGCAGCUGGAGGUGGUCGAGGACAUUGGCAUGUGGAUCGAGAGGAUCAAGUACAAAUUUGGGGACUAG